UACCCAUCGCACUACUCCAAUGGCCAUCUCACUUCACACUUCACGAACCCUAAGAUACUUAAACAUCUAGAUAACAGGCGACUAGUUCAUAGAGAUGCUAUAAGUUUCUGCCAGAAUGUGUUGAGGAAAAAGUUUAUUGACUGCGUCUCUGUCUCCCGUCAUGAGUUGUCCCAGCCAGUCCGCGAUGUGGAUCUAGUUCUUACCAUUGGUGGCGAUGGCACAUUAUUACAGGCAAGCCAUUUUUUGGAUGAUACAGUUCCUGUUCUUGGAGUGAACUCUGAUCCAACUCAACCAACAGAGGUGGAAGAAUUCAAAGAAGAUUUUGAUGCUACAAGGAGCACCGGCUAUCUUUGUGCUGCCACUGUUGAUAACUUUGAAGAAGUAUUGGAUGAUAUUCUUGAGAACCGUUCCAAGCCUUCUGAAGUGUCGAGGAUGUUAAUUUCUCUCAACUCCCAAAACCUGCCAACUUAUGCUCUUAAUGACGUUUUAGUUGCCGAACUUAGUCCUGCCACAGUUUCAAGAUUCUCAUUCAGAAUAAAAAAAGUGGGAUUGCCAUGUUCCCCUUUGGUCAACUGCAGAUCAAGUGGUUUGAGAGUGUCAACGGCAGCUGGAUCAACGGCAGCUAUGCUAUCCGCAGGUGGAUUUGCUAUGCCUAUUCUGUCAAAGGACCUCCAAUAUAUUGUGAGGGAACCCAUUU